UGAACGUGACUGGCGCUUCCUGAAGACACAAACGUUACGCACGAAGGUUAACGUCACGUUUCCAUUGGUUAGUCCCAGUGUUAAUUGGUAAAGGCGACCGGCUGUUAACUAUUUAGACGAUAUGCUGUAGGUCGCUCAUCGCCUUCUCAAAACACACGGAGGAUGGACACGGGUCGCAGUGGAGUGGUCUGUAGGCGAUUCAUGAAUGGCUCUUGCAGAUAUGGUUCAAGGUGCAUUUACAGUCAUGUGUUGCCAGUUCUACCAUCAGCCCAAAUAUGUAGAUACUAUCAGAAAGGUGGCUGCUGGUUUAGGGAGCGGUGCAGGUUUCUCCAUGUCCUUGAGUCUGAUGUUAAUGAAGCUGCAGCAAGUAGGAGAGGCUCAGUCCCUGUUGUUUCCUCCUCCUCUGCCUCUUAUGCAGCUAAUGCUCAACCUGUGAGGCGGGGUUCAGAGCCCACUCUGCCAAUCACUGUUAGACAAGAAUGGAGUAGAGGAGGGAUUUCUGUUAAUGUCGCAAACUCUCAGCACAGCACUCGGCACAGAGUUCUGGGUGUUGCUCAAGAACAAUUGCCAGGUACUGGUUCUUCUCAUAGUGUUUCUGGAGACCUGGUUCAAAGCUCAGACAUUGCAGUAGGGACAUCCGAGGAAAGGAAUGAGCAGAACUCUUCAGACAAGGCACCAGAUGAAGGAGCUGCUGCUGCAGCUGCAGCCUCUGGUACCCAGGUGAAAGGAGAGGAAACAAGUUCUUUCCUCCAGAGUAAAGAUGUAACCUGUGGCAUUUGCAUGGACAAAGUGUAUGAAAAAAUGAAUCCUGGAGACAAGGUUUUUGGAAUACUGCCAAACUGCAACCACUCAUUUUGUCUACAAUGUAUAAUGACUUGGAGGAAAACGAAGGAAUUUGGACCAGAUGUGGUGAAGAGCUGCCCUCAGUGUCGCGUCAGGUCUCCAUUUUAUGUGCCGCACAGACAAUGGGUUGAAGGUCAAGAAAAAGAGAGCCUAAUUGCAGCCUUCAAAGAAAAAUGCAGCAAGAAAAACUGUGGCUACUAUGCACGGUACAGAUGCUGUCCCUUCAAAACAGAAUGCCUAUACAGACAUAACCCUUCACAUCACAGAUCAUUCCGGUAUCCUAUAGAAGAUGAUGAAGACUAUGAUGGCAUUGAUCUGCUGAACUUCUUCAUAGCCAUGACCCUUCUCAGUGGUGAUGAUGACGAUGAAGACUUUGAGGACUACGAGUUUCCUUUCGAUCUUGAUGAGGAGUAUGAAUACUGAGACUUUUUUUCAUUGUUUUUGUCAGUGUUUGAACCCACUGAAUGGGGCCUUGACUGGUGUAGUCAUUUGUCCCAGAACUGUUGUGUUCUGAACCUUCUCUUGUCCUCUCUGAGGUUUAAAAUACACGAGUAGCUGUGAUUGGAACAUGACCACAUACCACAGAGCGCCAAGUGUGUUCAUGUGUUUGAUUAAUCAGCAGCAGAGGCUUUAACUACAAAACCAAUUGUCUUGUGAACUUGGCUUCUGCAUUCUGUUGCUGCUUGAAAAGUACUUUAAUGACGCAGGGUUUGUGACUGUAAACAUUCCAGAAAAUGAAGAUGUGCCCUGUCUUUUUUUUUUUUUUUUCUUCUCUUUGAGCCAAAAAACAUGUUACAAGUUGUCAAAUUCCACUUUAACCAUUU